AUGUCGAGAUUAGAAUUUAGUGGAGCUGAAGGCCCGUCCAAGGAAGGUUAUGAAGAGUCAUCUACCAGAGCAACAUUACACUUCGAAGCGAUUUUGAAGGGUUACCACGAGUGCCAUUUCAGUGUCUCGAAUGGAGAUCAAUUUGAAAUUCGUUGUAAGAUUGGAGAAAAAGGGCGAGCCUUUGAAGUUUUAAGCGAUGAUGGGCGGCUAGGACACCUACAAAAAGAGCUAGUACCUAUACUUUGGAAUUUGGUUAGAUCUGUUGUGCUUAAAUGGUAAAUAUACCCGGGUAUAUUUUGAUGUCUUGGCUUAAAAUUUCCAGGAAAUUAGUUCAACCGUAAAGACCUUUGGACUUUUUCAUCUUUUGCAGCAUUGUUAUUGGAAGCCCCUUUUGCAGAUCCAGGAGGAAGAUGUCGUAG